GCACCCCCUCCCCGCCCGCCUCCAGGAGCCAGGGCUUUGCGCAAACGAGAGGCGGGCGUGGAAGGGACUGUGGAGGCGAGCGGGAGCUGUGGGCUGUCUGCACCAUGGGCUGCACGCUGAGCGCCGAGGACAAGGCGGCGGUGGAGCGGAGCAAGAUGAUAGACCGCAACCUGCGCGAGGAUGGCGAGAAGGCGGCGCGCGAGGUCAAGCUGCUGCUGCUCGGUGCUGGUGAAUCUGGGAAAAGCACAAUUGUGAAGCAGAUGAAAAUCAUCCAUGAAGCCGGCUACUCGGAAGAGGAAUGCAAACAGUACAAAGCCGUGGUCUACAGCAAUACCAUCCAGUCCAUCAUCGCCAUCAUCAGGGCCAUGGGACGGCUCAAGAUAGACUUCGGCGAGUCUGCUCGGGCGGAUGAUGCCCGCCAACUCUUUGUGCUUGCUGGAGCUGCUGAAGAGGGCUUUAUGACGGCAGAACUCGCUGGAGUGAUAAAGAGAUUGUGGAAGGAUAGUGGUGUGCAAGCCUGUUUCAACAGAUCCCGGGAGUACCAGCUUAAUGACUCGGCGGCGUACUAUUUGAACGACUUGGACAGAAUAGCCCAAUCCAAUUAUAUUCCAACACAGCAAGACGUUCUCAGAACUAGAGUGAAAACCACAGGCAUUGUUGAAACCCACUUCACUUUCAAAGAUCUCCAUUUUAAAAUGUUUGAUGUGGGAGGACAGAGAUCAGAGCGGAAGAAGUGGAUCCACUGCUUCGAGGGAGUGACUGCCAUCAUCUUCUGCGUGGCCCUGAGUGACUAUGAUCUGGUCCUCGCUGAAGACGAAGAGAUGAACCGAAUGCAUGAAAGCAUGAAAUUGUUUGACAGCAUAUGUAACAACAAGUGGUUUACAGAUACAUCCAUUAUCCUGUUCCUAAACAAGAAGGAUCUCUUUGAAGAAAAAAUCAAGAAGAGCCCCCUCACCAUAUGCUAUCCAGAAUAUACAGGAUCGAACACCUAUGAAGAGGCAGCUGCGUAUAUUCAGUGUCAGUUCGAAGACCUCAAUAAGAGGAAGGACACAAAAGAAAUUUACACCCACUUCACGUGUGCCACAGAUACCAAGAAUGUGCAGUUUGUUUUCGAUGCCGUAACAGAUGUCAUCAUCAAAAAUAACCUCAAAGAUUGUGGUCUCUUCUAAGUCUUGCAGUGAAUGGUAAAUUGCAUUUUCAAACCAAAUGAGUCCUUCUAUACGGAUUUCUCCCUCCUAGAGUCUUGCAGCAACACAAGAAUGUAGGCUAUGGCAUUUGCAUCCGGCACUUCACCAAAGUUAUUCUGUUCUGGUU